UGGAGUUCCCGAAGCUGACGACUGUGGUGGUGCCAUCGGACAAGGCCAACCUCAGCGGAUUCACUAAGGUCAGGGACAGACAGACAGAAUGAGACCGACCAGUCAUGUGUGUCUCCCUGUGUGUGUGGUGGGUGGGCAGGUGGCCUAUGUGUGUCGGUGGUCUCUGCCGAAUCUGACGACGUUGACGGUGACCGGCGGCUGCCGCCCUCAUCUCAGCCGCAGCGUGACGACCAUCACCCACUUCGGCAACCGGCACCACACCGAUGUGGCCUAUGAGGACGCCAGCCGCAUACUCGAAAGCAGCACAGCCGAACACAUCAACAGGGAGAAAUUUCGGUACGCAAUCACAACGCAUUCGAGACAGGCACACCGAUCUGUGUGUUCUCUGUCUGUCAGCGGUGAGACAUUGGGUGUGUAUGUGGGCGCCUGGAUGAACAACACUGAUAAGAUGGAAUCGGUUGAGGUCACCGACAUGCCGGUGGGUGAGGGAAGACACCACACAGAGUCCAUCCAUUCUCUCUGUCUGCUGUCCUCUCUUGACAGGUUGAUGUGCUGAAGUCCGCCCUGUCCAUUUCCCCCGACGGCGGGCUGCCCCACCUCAACCGCCUCACCGACACCAGCGGCCCAGAUGCCACCGACCAGACACUCCGCCAGCUCAGGGCACUUCUGCACAAGAAGGGGGCCCCCCUGGCAGAUCUGAUAGCGGUGCGGCAGAUGGCCGACGGUAGCGGUGGGGAUGACGGUGCUGAGGGUGAGGGCAGCGGACAGAAGCGGGCGUAUGCGGAUCGCUGCCACAGCCCUUAG